AUGGAAGUUCUCUUUCUAUCCCUUUCGAUGAAUCGUGAAAGUGUUAAUCCGUCUGGUUUCACUUGCCAGUCGAGCUAUUACUGUUUCUUUCGGUACUUUCACAUUUUACAAUACAUCCGAUUCUAUUAUGCUCAUUCAAUUAAAUGUUUUGGAGGUAUUGCCGAGUUUGGAAUUGAUAAAAAUGACUAUGUCGACUACAUAUGUCCCUCGCUGACAUCUUGCUACAUACGAUUAGUUGUUGAGAAUGUGAAUAAGCCGGAUCAAAAGGCAACAAUGAUGAAGGGAUGCUUGGAGAAAGCCAUGGAAGAAUCUUAUCAGAAUGUGCCAAUGUGUUCAACUAUUGACUUCUCCAAUAUAACCAGUGAUGAUGCGAUACCGUCGGAAAUAAAAUGCACAUGUUCUAGAGAUUUCUGCAACGGGAGUUUCGAAGAAGAUCCCAACAUCACUCCUGGAAUAUCUGCGAGCUUCUUGAAUUGUAUUCUCGUUAUUAGCAUUUAUUUAAUUUUCUAG